AUGGCGGAGCUAGAAUCAGAGGAAAGAGAACAGGCACACUCUGCCCCUACCCAGGAGCGUGAAUGGGUUACAGGUGUGAAACUUGUUAUUAUCAUGCUUGCCAUCAGUCUCGUUUGUCUUCUCGUGCUGCCUGAUGUCUCGAUUGUCGUGACGGUACAGACUACAUCCAUGCCCUUAUGCUUAUCAUCACGAAGUCUGCAUAGGCCAUUCCCCGAAUUACGAGUCACUUUCAUUCUCUGCCUGACGUGGGCUGGGACGGUGGCUGAUAUGUUGUAUAGUGCAGCACUCCAACCGCUUACCGGGAGGGUGUAUGCCAACCUGGAUUCCAUGUGGACAUUCAUGGGCUUCUUCGCCGUGUUUGAACUGGGCUCCUUCCUUUAUGGUGUCGCCAGCUCUUCGAAAUGCUCAUCGUAG